CGUUGGCUGUUACUGCGCCUGCGCCUCAGUCCCCGCGGCCCGGGCGGUACUUCUUUGUGCGCCUGUGUUUGCUCGGUCUCGCCAGAAACAGCGCCCCUGGCGGCCGGGAGGGGCGGCGGCCGAGCGCCGUGGGUCGUGGGCGGGGCUGCGGGCGAGGCUCGAGAUCUCCGGUUCGAGACUUGGCUCCGGCGCUUCCCAGUGUCGGGCGCAAGUGUUCUUCGCUGUGGGGAUAAGACUAGUUCGUACUUCAAGGAGCUGUUGGCAGCUUAAGGGAGAUGAAUGUGCAAAGGGAUGAGCACCAGCCACACUGGAAGUCACGUGGGGGCUUGUGGGCAAGAAGCCAGAGGUCAACUCGGACUUUGUACACAGGACAUGGCGACAGGGCCCUGCCGAGAAGUGCAGGGUCGAGGCCUGUCACUGUCGCUGCCGUCGCCAUGCUGACCCCCAGGACGGCAUCCCUCUUGACUCUGCUCCUGGCCGUCGGCUCCUUGGGUCAGAGGGCUCAGAGACCCCCUCGGCCCCCGUCCCCCAUCAGCACCAUCCAGCCCAAGGCCAACUUCGACACUCAGCAGUUUUCAGGGACCUGGUUCCUUGUGGCCGUGGCCUCCUCGUGCCGCUCCCUGCAGGAGCAGGGCCACCGGGCUGAGGCCACCACACUGCAUGUGACUCCUCAGGGUGCAGCCAUGGCUGUCAGCACCUUCCGAAAGCUGGAUGGGAUCUGCUGGCAGGUGCGGCAGCUCUACGGUGACACGGGGCUCCCAGGUCGCUUCCUGCUCCAAGCCCGAGGCGCCCGAGGGGCGGUGGACGUGGUCGUUGGGGAGACGGACUACCGGGGCUUCGCCAUCGUGUACCUGGAGCGGGCGCGGCAGCUGUCGGUGAAGCUGUACGGUACGUCCCCGCGGGACCGGGUCUGCACACCCGCAGGGCCGUCUGGGUGGGCCCGAUGGGCACAUGGACCCUCCCCUCCCUUUCCCCUGCCCUUGCCGUUAGGCCCAGAUGUGGGGACAGAGAGGAGACCAGUGGGGGGUGGGCAGGGGUCAGAUCGCAGCCCCCGGCACACAGCCCAGCUCCCAGAGCGCCCUGCCCGCCCAGCCCGCACCCACCCAGCGGGCGCCCAGGAGCCCUGUGUGUCCCGCACGCAGCCCGCUCGCUCCCCGUGAGCGAAUCAUUCCUGAGUGUGUUUGAGCAGCGGGUCCAGGGUGCCAACCUGACCGAGGACCACAUCCUGUUCUUCCCCAAG